AUGGUUUUGGCAACUUUCUUCGUCCUGACGUUCCUGGGCUUAAUCCAUAGCCCGGCGAAGGUUGGCUACGAAUUAGAUGAAGCUACAAACGACUACAUGUGGCAGCGUGUGGAGGAGCUUCAAGAAUGUAUGAUGCAGCUCCUGUUGGAAAUUGAGGAGGGGGAGAAGGAGCAGAGCUGGGCGCAUGUUGGAGCCCUGCUCUUAUCUGCGUUGCAGCACUGGCAGUUCUGGGCCUGUGUUGGUGUUGCCCUCCUGUUCUUUUGGAACUUGUGGCUGCUCCUUAGAGAUAUCCCAGAACAUGAAAGCAGCAGUGAGGAGGAGAGCUCCAGCAGCGAAGAAGAGGAGGAAGAAAGAGUACCACCACUCCCCAAUGAUGCAAGAGAUCUGCCUGAAUUUGUAGCUCAGCGCAUCUACUGGCCACUCCCGGAUCCGACCAUCAGAUGCCCACUGGUGGAGGAGGUUGUGGGAGACCUCCUGCAUGUCAUUGACUCAGUCAUUCUAAAUACUUUCUUUCCGAAGCUGCAACGAGCCAUCGGAGUGGGCAGUGCCUUUGAAGGUUGGAAUCCUCAUGGGAAUGAGACUGUCUAUUGCCUACUUGUGCCCAUGACGGCCCCGCGUGGGCACUCCUUCCACCUGGAGCUGGGCAAUGAGGACGAUAUACUGGCGAGGAACUCCUCUAUCUGUGUGGAGCUGGAGUGCACGUGCGCACGGCAGCAGGACUUUGGGGACAUGCUGUGCUUCCUCCACCAUUCUGAGGAUGAGCUGAAAAAUCAGGACCCGAGCCUCCUAGACACCCUCUGCACCGAUUCCUACCUAGAUGCGGAGAAGACUGCAAGGUGGUUCCAGAACUUUGUGAAAACAGCCUGGGUGGUUAUCCCUCAGUCGCAGGUUUACAAUGUAAAUGUGCUGCCCUCCACCCGCACGUGCAAGCUCCAGCUGACAAAUGCUGCCAGGAGAAACCUCACCAUUGAGAUAAUAUUUGGGGUGCAGCAAGAAGAUUCAGACAUCUUCCUGAGCAGCCAGAUGAGAAGGGGCACCUCUGUCCCCAGCACAACAUGGCCACAGAGCUGUACUGUUGCAGAGAGGAAGUUCUUCCAGCACGUGGCCAGAGAAGCCGUGUUCAACCGCAUACACCUCAAGUGCCUGCAGAUUUGCGCCCGUAUGGUGGUGGGCACAUGCUUUCCCACCUACAUCAUCAAGACUAUUGUCAUGCACCUCCUCACCACCAUCCCCUUGGAAGUGUGGCACGAGACGGAUUUUCUGCUUCGGCUGGAUGAUAUCAUUCGGUACCUGCGCUGCUGUGUGGAAGAGAAAUGCCUCAACCACUUCUUCUUUGGCAAUGAGAUGGUGCCCAAUGUGAUUGUCCUGCCACCAGCCUUCCAAUCAUCCGGCCCGGUCAACCUCUUCCAGCACCUGAAGCGAAACCCGUAUGCCAAAGUUGAGGCACUGCAGAAUUUCAAGGUGGUGCGAGAUCGGCUCAAAAGACUGCUGAUCUAUGGACAUGAAAGAGACCUUCGUGCACAGCGAGAGCGCUCUGCUGAUGGCAGACGAUGA